AUGGCGCCGAACGAGCCCAUGCUUCCCGCGGCGAUAGCUCCCGAGCCACAUGGCCGUCCCCCGAGAAGGUCCUUUUCGAAUACCGAUCGGUUGAGCGCGUCCGUUGCGUCUACGAACCGGUCGAGGUCAACAGCGCGGUCGAGGUCAACAGUGCGGUCGUCUGGAUGGCAGGCGAAGAUGGGGCUGGGAGGCGUCGCGAGACGGACGCUAGGCAUUUCGUUACUGCUUGUUACGGUGCUGCUGUGGACAAUAUCCAACUUUCUGGCAUCCUACAUCUUUUCGGAUCAUUCCUACGACAAGCCAUUCUUCGUGGUAUAUAUGAACACGUCGGUGUUCGCGGUGUCUUUGGUACCGAUGCUGGUGCGCUUCCUGAUGCAGAACGGCGUCGAAGGUCUCCGACGCGAGGCUUUGGUGGUCUGGAACGAGCAGCGGUACGGCAAGGAGGGCCAUAAAACGGCCGAUGACGAGGAGGACACGGUCGCGGGCGAGCGGCUGCUUGUCGACGACGAGCCGAGCCUGGAGAUGGAGGGUUUUGAGAUGACGAAGGCCGUGGAACGGCUGACGUUCCGCGAGACGGUCGUCAUCAGCCUCGAAUUCUGCAUGCUGUGGUUCUUUGCAAACUACUUUGCGUCGGCGUGCCUCGAGUAUACGAGCGUCGGGAGCGUCACGAUCCUCAACUCGACGAGCAGCGUGUGGACACUGGUCUUCUGCGCGCUGAUGGGCGUCGAGGGGUUUACGCUGCGCAAGUUCAUCGGCGUGCUGGCGUCGCUGACGGGUAUCGUGCUCAUCUCGACGGUGGACCUGUCCGGAUCGAGCGACGAGAACCGCGGGUCGUUCCCGCACAAGACGACGACGCAGAUCGCAAUCGGGGACUUGAUGGCCUUUGUGAGUGCCAUCGUCUACGGCCUCUAUGUGACGGUGAUGAAAAGGCGGGUCGGUAACGAGGACCGGGUGAACAUGCCGCUCUUCUUUGGACUGGUCGGUCUGUUCAACCUGGUCUUUCUUUGGCCAGUGUUUUUCGUCUUGCACUUUACCGGGCUGGAGCCAUUCGCCUUCCCUCCAACGGCCAAGAUUUGGGCUAUUGUCAUCAGCAACUCGCUGUCGUCUUUUGUCAGCGACAUGUCGUGGGCAUACGCCAUGCUGCUCACAACGCCGCUGGUGGUGACGGUCGGCCUGUCGCUGACAAUCCCGCUGUCGCUCAUCGGCGAGAUGAUUCAGUAUUCGCAGUACUCCAGCUGGGUAUACUGGGUCGGCGCGGCGGUCGUUCUCGUCUCCUUUUUGUUCAUCAACAACGAGAGCCACGAGGACGAGUCGGGCGAAAAUGCACCCGAGGCAGGAUCCCGGGCGGCACACACAUAG